UUGGUGUUUUUAAAUGAAAUUACAUUUGGGUAUUUUUCAGAAUGCAAAUGUUUUGUGGCCAAAUUAGGCUAUGAGCAGGCACGGUCACCACUCUGCGAUGCUUGCGUUAAUGCCAGACGUAAGAAGGCAGAAGAAGAACGUGAAGAACUAUCAGAAAAGAGAUCGGGACAGUCAUCUUCUCGUUCAUCUUUCGAACUUUCGCCUGCUGUUGAAGCAACGGUCCCUGAAAAAGAGUUAAAGGCUGAGUUGAAGAAGGUUGACGUGGCAACCCCAAAAAUCCAGGAACUUGAAGAAAACGACAAGGACAAUCACUUCCAUAUGUGCAGUACCGAUAGUGACUCAUCCGACUCGGAGUUUGAAGCGCUAUCAUAUGAGGAAGAAAAGGAGAACAAGGAAACUCCAAAUGCACCAUUCCUAACGCCGCCGGAGGGGAAUACGUUGAAUGUUGCUGCUACGGAGGUGUCCAAUAACUCGACCCCAACUACGACUUUGUACCCCACUCUAGUCGUAGAAGACCAACCUGCAGAGCCAGUUCGUAUUGGAGAGGAUCAGACUAUUGCAAAUCGUCUAAUCGAAAUGGGAUUCUCGGCAGAAGAAGUGUUCCGCGUUGUAAGAAUGCAUGGAUGCAACUUCGAA